AUGACUAUUAAAUCAUUACUGUUAUCACGUUUGCGAUCUGCAAUAACUAUAGAGAGAACCGUAUCUGUAUUUAAAGUAAUUGUGACGGCAUCUGAGGAGCUCAAGUGCGACGUGCGCUUGCGCAUCGAGUCGGGCUGGGUGUGUGGUCUGCUCAGACGAGCAGAAGACGGCGGAGAGUACGCCAGCUUCCGGGGAAUCCCGUAUGCGGAACAACCAUUAGGCCAACUGAGGUUCAAGGAAUUGCAGCCAGCAAGACCUUGGCCACAUCUUCUGGACGCCACAGAAGAAGGACCUGUAUGUCCUCAGCACGAUGAGAUAUAUGAACAUCUGAUCGACCCGCAUCGGGGCAUGAGUGAAGCUUGCAUCUAUGCCAACAUCCACAUACCCCUGGCAGCCCUAUCCUUAGCUCAAACACGCGAUAAUAGCAGUAACUAUUCCGAACACGGACAACAAGGAGUGAAGAAAGGGUUUCCUAUUUUGGUAUUCAUUCACGGUGGAGGCUUUCAAGCAGGACUCAGUGACACCGAUCUUCACGGACCAGAAUAUCUUGUCAACAAAGGAAUUAUACUCAUCACUUUUAAUUACAGAAUAAACGUCUUCGGCUUUCUCUCUUUAAAUAAUCCAAAAAUCCCUGGCAACAACGGCCUCCGAGACCAGGUGACGUUACUGCGCUGGGUGCAGAGAAACGCCGAAGCCUUCGGGGGAGACCCGGACGACGUGACGCUGGGAGGACAGAGCGCAGGCGCGGCGUGUGCGCAUAUACUGUCCUUGUCGAAUGCUGCUAAGGGUCUGUUUAAAAGAGUCAUUUUGAUGAGCGGUACGGCCAUACCUUCAUUUUUCACAAGUUCGCCGAUAUAUGCCAAUUUGAUCGCUAGUGCUUUCCUAGCAUACUUAGGUAUAAAUGCAACAAGCCCUGACGACAUACAUGACGCAUUAAUUAAAACGCCUUUAGAGGACAUCCUCAGAGCGAACACUCGGAUUCAAUACGAUUUCGGGCUGGUUUCAUUUACACCUGUAGUCGAACCUCCAUACCAAGGGGUUACAAGGAUACUGGAUGACACCCCAACUAAUCUGAUGAUCCAAGGUAGAGGGAACGAGCUUCCCUUUCUUGUCGGCUUUGCUGACCAAGAGUGCGAGUUUUUCAGGCGAAGGCUAGAAUACUUGAAAUUCUUAAGCCGCAUCAAAAUAAAUCCGCUCCUUGUCCUGCCGGCGAGAAUACCAUUUUCUACACUUCCAAAUGUGGCCUUGCAACUGGCUGAGAAAGUAAUCAAGAGAUACUUCCAUGAAAAGCCAAGCAUAAAAGACGUUUUACAAGUAUGCAGAGAUAGUUUUUUUGAAUAUCCUUCGUUCAAAUUAGGACAGUUGAGGGACGAGAUGAAGGCAGCUUCAUUCUACUUGUACCAGUUCUCAUAUGAAAGUGAUUACAGCGUAGUAAAAGCAGGUCUCCGGUUGCAGUACAAAGGCACUGCUCACGUAGAAGACCAGACUUUUGUUUUAAAGGACAAUACUAUUCUGAGUGGUGAAAAAUCUCUUCCGCGGAGUGACAGAGAUGACCUCAUGCAGAAGCUGAUGACAACAUUUGUAGUCAAUUUUAUGCGAUGCAAUGACCCGACCUGCGGUUCGGAGUCAGGAUGGCACCACCUUCAUGCUCAGAACCUGAACUAUCUAGAUAUUAACGAUCCAGUACUAUUACAAAACACGGUGCCGAGGCACGACCAGAAAGACAUGAUCCAGUUUUUCGACGGGAUUGAAGAUAUUGCUAGGUAAAAUCAUCUUUGGUUAUGCAUUUCAUCACUUAGAAACUGAAUAUUUGCUUCGCUUCAUGAUGGACCAAACAUGUAACUAAUCCUAAUAAAGUAUUGUAUUAAAGUAUAUUUAAUAAAAAAAAAAUUGUUGCAGAAAUUUUUCAAUAAGAGCCACAAGUGAACUGCUGCCAUCAUAGAGAUGGAAUACGAUAAUCCUUUGGACGAAACUUUGUUCAGAUUAUAUUUCAACGAAAAGAUAUUUUAUAAACAACAAUUUACCAAUAAAACGCUCAACUUAACAUUUCUUUCCUUUCACCUAGAAUAAACAUCCAUGGAGAACAUAAUCUUCAAACCAGAUAAAUUUUACAAUUUUGCGUUUAAUUUGAGCUCUAAUUAAAAAAAAACAUAUGUGUUAUAUACUUAGUAUGUUUAUAGCCGACCCCAACAUAGUUGGGAAAAGGCUAGGCCGAUG